AUGACGAUUCACAAUGGAGAGAAGCCUUAUGGAUGUAAGGUUUGUGGAAAGGCCUUUGUUAAUUCCUCAAGACUUACCUGCCAUAUGAGAAUUCACACUGGAGAGAGACCAUAUGUUUGUAAGGAAUGUGGGAAGGCCUUUGUUGAAUCCUCAGGUCUUACUCGGCAUAUGAGAAUUCACAAUGGAGAGAAGCCUUAUGGAUGUAAGGUUUGUGGAAAGGCCUUUGUUAAUUCCUCAAGACUUACCUGCCAUAUGAGAAUUCACACUGGAGAGAGACCAUAUGUUUGUAAGGAAUGUGGGAAGGCCUUUGUUGAAUCCUCAGGCCUUACUCAACAUAUGAGAAUUCACAAUGGAGAGAAGCUUUAUGGAUGUAAGGUAUGUGGAAAGGCCUUUGUUUAUUCCUCAAGCCUUAAUAUGCAUAUGAGAAUUCACAAUGGAGAGAAGCAUUAUGAAUGUAAGGUAUGUGGAAAGGCCUUUGUUGUAUCCUCAAGCCUUCUCUGCCAUAUGAGAAUUCACACUGGAGAGAGACCAUAUGUUUGUAAGGAAUGUGGAAAGGCCUUUGUUGUAUCCUCAGGCCUUACUCGACAUAUGAGAAUUCACAAUGGAGAGAAGCCUUAUGGAUGUAAGGUAUGUGGAAAGGCCUUUGUUUCUUCCUCAAGCCUCAAUAUGCAUAUGAGAAUUCACAAUGGAGAAAAGCCUUAUGGAUGUAAGGUAUGUGGAAAGGCCUUUGUGGAAUCCUCAACCCUCAUUCGCCAUAUGCGACAGCACACUGGGGAGAGACCUUAUAUUUGGGGGAAAGGGUGCUGUCUUUCCAACUGCUUCCUCCUGGCGGCUCGGUAA